CUCUUUUCUAAUUUCUAAUUUCUUCAAUGUUACACUCGCUCUCAUUCCUUCCUCCCCAUUUUGACGAUUUCUUUUGCCACCAGGUCUCCACCAUCACCUACUUUGCUGCACCACACCAUCCGACCACCACUACUGCAUUUUCUUAGUUUAGUCACACACCCGUAUGACGAUAUUUGAAUCCCUAUGGGGAAUUCACUGGUUCUCCACUCUUGAGGGUUGGCAUUCACCAAAGAUCAUUAAUCUCCUUCUACUUCAAGAAGCAAGAAGCGACAGCGAACAAAUAGGAAAAAAAAACACAACUUUUGCUUCUAACAGGCACCACCGACACGAUUUAGCCAACCACCACGACCACUUUCCUCUCUGUAAUCCGCCAUUGUCCCACCGUUUAGAGUUUUCUUAUUAG